UAACAGUUCCCGGAAAAAAAACACCUUAGCCUUAGCAGGAGUGUGGUCCUUCCGGAUCCCCAAAAAAGUAGUGCAUUGACGGGUUUGAUGGACUCUUGACCAGUUGCCAAAUAUGGAGCAAGCUAGUUAUCAACUGAUAUGGGCCGGCCCACCGCCUUCAAUUUUGUAUCCAUCGGAUCCGGUCCGGUCAGUUCAGGAUCUAACUCUCUCUCUAUCAGACUGACUUCCUCGUAUAUCCCGUGUCUAUCUCCCUCUAGCUCGCCGUCUGAGGCGAACACUGCUGCAAGCCAACUGGGUUUUGUCUGUUCUCUUAUUAAAAAGUUGAUCUUUCAUGGUCGUGCAAAACUGUUUCCUCUUUUGGGACUUCCAAAGAGUAACCGACCAAGAUGGAUUCCAUCAUCACCUCAGCUCUGGAAGAAAUAUGCUUCCAGGGCCAGCUAGGCAUUUCUCUUUCCUCUCUCUGCACCAAACUCGACAUCCCUCCUCCUCUCAAAGCCUCCCUUUGGAAAAAUCUCCUCUCCAUCCCCGUUCUUCGGUUCAAGCCGCGAAACGCCGAGUUUCUUAGCCCUACCGAUGCCUCCAUUCAAUGCGCUGAAGGUGCCGAGAAACUCGGUAUCAUAAUCUUAGCCCAUGAAACGCUUAGAAAUAACUUCGUUGGCCUUUAUGAUGAAAAUGUUCAAAUCUCAUCUCAACAACGUCGCACUCUGGAAAGACUCGCUAUUGCUAGAACAAAUGGAGUGACACAAAGUCAGCUUGCAAAGGAAUUUGGUAUUGAAGGGAAGAACUUCUUUUAUAUAUUAAAGAACCUUGAAUGCAGAGGGUUGAUUGUGAAACAACCGGCACUUGUUAGGAAGAAAGAACAUUGCAGUGAAGGGGACUCCAAAAACAGUUCAUCUGUGACCACCAAUUUGAUAUACUUGCAUAGAUACGCAAAGCGUUUGGGCUCUCAACAGAAGUUUGAGAUUAAUAAAGAAGAACAAACUGUUGAAUCCCUUGCAUAUGGUGAAGAAAAUGCUUCAGAUGACUAUGGAUUUGCUUCAGAAAAUGGGAAAGAAAAUGUUUCCGUGACUGAUUAUCUACCUGCAAUGAAAGUUGUUUGUGAUAAACUGGAAGAAGCCAAUGGAAAGGUUCUUGUUGUCUCAGAUAUUAAACGAGACUUAGGUUAUACAAGAUCCAAAGGCCACAAAGCCUGGAGAAAUAUCUACCGCAGGUUAAAAGAUGCUGGUCUUGUCGAGGAUUUGCAUGCUGUUGUCAAUGAGAAGGUUGAAUUUUGCCUAAGGUUGGUGAAGAGCUUUCCUGAAAAGAAUUUUGAGCCAAAACUUCUCGGGUGUGAUGAUAAUCUUGACAAAGGACAACAGCUGAAGUUUGGAAAGUCAAUUCUGAAUGUAGACCAGAUUGUAGAGCUUCCCAUUGAUAAUCAAAUUUAUGAUAUGGUCGAUGCUGAAGGAUCUGAGGGUUUACCGGUUAUGACGGUAUGUGAGAGGCUUGGAAUUGACAAGAAAAGAAGCUAUUCUCGAUUCUUUAACAUGUUCUCUAGGUUUGGGAUGCACCUGCAAGCUGAAAGCCACAAAAAGACUACAGCUUAUCGAGUUUGGACAUCUGGGAAUUCUUGUAAAUCAUCAAAUGCAUUUUUGAUUAAAGCAAAAAAUGCUGAUGAUGAAAAGCAGAUCUCUAAUCUUGAUGUUGGCCAUUCAGGAGUUCCUGAUGAACUGAACCAAAAUCUUCUAGAGUAUAAUCCAUCAGCUUCUGCAAGUGAUUCUUUUACUCCCGUGAAAGUGAAUGAUUUGGAAAAUGAUACUGAAAUUUCCUGUGGCUCCCCUGGAGAAACUAACCAUAUUGUUAUGUAUUCUGACAACACACAAGGGCUUCCAACUGAGCAAAGUAAUACUGCCUGUGAAGCAGAACUUGAUUUAGUUAGUACUGAAAGUCAAAUAUGUGCUGCUCCACCACAACCUAUAGGACUUGAUUUGUUGAGGCCUCCUGAUUCUGGCUCAUAUCAGACAUAUUCAAGUCAAGUUCUGACUGCUGAUGGUGCUCGAAGGGAGCAAAGGAUGCUUGGACGUUUACAGGAUGAGAAGUUUAUUUUAAGACCUGAAUUGUAUCGAUGGCUUGUGGAACUUGAGAAGGACAAGAGCACAAAAUUGGACAGGAAGACGGUUGAUCGAAUGUUAAAGAAGCUUCAGCAACAAGGGCACUGCAAAUGCAUGCACAUUAAUGUGCCUGUUGUAACUAAUUGUGGACGAAGCCGUAUUACUCAGGUGGUUCUGCACCCGUCUGUUGAAGCAUUACAUCCGGAGCUGCUGAGUGAAAUUCAUGACAGGUUGAGAUCAUUUGAAAUGCAAGUCCGUGGCCAUGCAACAUCGAAGUUGAAAAGCAAUGAUUCAAUUCCUGUAUUAGAUGGUGUCCAGAGAACUCUGAACCAUGUUGAUUUAGAAGCCAAGGCUGCUAAAUCAGAAGCCAUGCGUGCCAAUGGUUUUGUGCUGGCAAAAAUGGUACGCUUGAAACUGCUUCAUAGGUUUUUGUGGGGUUUCUUGAGUAGUUUUCAUGGUUGGAAUGAUGUUUUAUCACUUGAGAGAUACCUGCAUGGUCAGAAAAAUCUUCAUGGUUCAUGCAUUUUAUUUUCACUGGAAGCAGCCAUCAAGGCCAUUCCACUUGAACUUUUUGUACAAGUUGUGGGAACUACUCUAAAGUUUGAUGAUAUGAUUGAGAAGUGUAAGAAAGGCUUUUGUCUUUCUGAUCUUCCCAUUGAUGAGUAUAGGCUUCUAAUGGAUACUCAGGCAACUGGAAGACUUUCACUGCUCAUUGACAUCCUAAGGCGUUUGAAGUUGAUUCGGCUGGUACCUGAUGAAUGUUCAGAUAACAGAUUAAAGGCACCACAUGCCAUUUUGACCCAUGCUAUGGAGCUUAAACCUUACAUAGAGGAACCACUAUCACUGGUUGCCACAUCUACUUCUAGUUCUCUUGACCUUCGUCCUAGAAUCAGGCAUGAUUUCAUCUUUUCUAACGGAGAAGCUGUUGAUGACUAUUGGAAAACUUUGGAAUAUUGUUAUGCAGCUGCUGAUUCAAGAGCUGCUUUGCAUGCAUUCCCUGGGUCUGCUGUUCACGAGGUUUUCCUUAAUCGAUCAUGGGCCUCAGUUCGAGUUAUGACAUCUGAUCAGCGUUCUGAGCUCCUUAAGCGAAUCAUGAAGGAUAAUUUAAAUGAAAAACUUUCAUAUAGAGACUGUGAAAAGAUUGGAAAGGAUCUUAAUCUGACCUUAGAACAGGUACUUCGUGUAUAUUAUGAUAAGCGGCAAAAGCGUCUUAAUAGAUUUCGGGGUGUUCCAAAUGGCAAUGGAGAGCAGUAUCAAGGAGAAAGAGAUAAAGAGUCAUCUGCUCGGAAAAGAAAGAGAUCAACAGUCAAAUCAAUAGAAGGAAUAAAAGCUGAUGCAAGAGUCAUACAAUUAGAUGAAAAGGAGGGUGGUACACUAUCUGAUGGAAAUGAUGAGCCAAAAGAAGAUUAUUGUUUAGCUUCUUCAGUGGGACCUGAUGCCUUCCAAGCAUAUCAGGAAGCUGAUCUAGUUGAAGCUGUGAAUAAGCCAGGGUCACAUGAAGAAGAUGAGGAGCGUUAUUCCUUAAUUAUCCAGAAUUCCUUCUUGAAAAUGAAGCCAACACGUAGAAAAAGAAUCUUAUGGACAGAUGAGGCAGACAGGGAAUUGGUAACCCAAUAUGCAAGAUACCGUGCUGCACUUGGGGCAAAAUUUCACCGUGUAGAUUGGACUUCACUUGAUGGCCUACCUGCGCCUCCUAGAGCUUGUGCAAGAAGAAUGACAAACCUAAAACGAAGUGCAAAAUUUAGGAAAGCAUUAAUGCAACUAUGCAAUGUGCUUAGUGAACGGUAUAUGAUGCAUAUUGAAAAAAGGCAAAAUAGGUCAUCCAACAAUAGUGAUUGCAGACUUCUCCGAUUUUCAUCAAUUGAACAUGGAAUGGAACAUGGUGAAGAUGUAGGCUUCGAGAAAGAAAGAUGGGAUGAUUUUGAUGACAGAAAGAUAAAAAGUGCUUUGGUGGAUGUUCUUCAUUUUAAACAGAUUGCUAAACUGGAGGCCUCUAAAAGGAAGCAACAAGGACCUGAAAUGGUUCUGGCAACUACCCAAGAUGGAAGUAUUGGAAUUCCUGGUGCUGAGCAACAUAAGGGCUCUAACCAAAGCUCACAACACCAUCGCUUUCAUCAAAAGUUAGUUAAGCUAUGGAAUAUAGGAAAUGGUGUUGGCAGACAAGUACACGAAUCGUUGGCUGUUUCUAAUGCAGUUGAACUAUUUAAGCUUGUUUUCUUGAGCAUAUCCAUAGCGCCACCAUCUACAAAUUUGCUGACAGAAACUUUGCGCCGAUAUUCAGAACAUGAUCUUUUUGCAGCUUUUAGCUAUCUUAGAGAUAGAAAAUUUAUGAUUGGUGGUACUUGCGGUCAACCUUUUGUGCUUUCUCAACAGUUCUUGCACAGUAUUUCCAAGUCUCCAUUUCCUUGCAAUACAGGAAAGAGAGCUGCUAAUUUUUCUGCUUGGAUUCGUGAAAGAGAAAAAGAUCUAAUGGAAGGGGGAAUUAAUCUUACUGCAGAUUUGCAAUGUGGUGAUAUUUUCCACUUGUUUUCUCUUGUUUUUUCUGGUGAGCUUUCUGUUUCCCCUUGCUUACCAGAUGAAGGUGUUGGAGAAGCUGAAGACCUAAGAAGCUUAAAACGUAGAGCUGAGGAUAAUGAAUUGUGUGAUGUAGAUAAGGCUAAGAAAUUAAAAUCCAUUGCAGAAGGUGAAUUUGUUUCACGACGAGAAAAGGGCUUUCCUGGUAUCAUGGUAUCGGUGUAUAGCUCAACAUUUCCUGCAGCCAAUUCUUUAGAAUUGUUCACGGAUGAGGAAACAUUCAACCCUGAGCUUUUGAAUGAGGAAAGUUCAACUAAUUUGGACCAUAUGAAGGAAAUGAUUGAGUUUAGAAAUAGUGUCACUACGGCAUCAAAGUCGGCUGAGUCACCUUGGGAAGCUAUGGCUGGUUACACUGAGCAUCUAUUGUCAAAACCUUCUGAUGAAGGGCAAGGCAGUCACGUUGAUUCUGAGAUCAUCAAGGCUGUUUGCACUGAAAUUCAGAAGGCUGGUGACCAAGGUUUGAGCAUAGAAGAUGUUUAUAGUCUUGUCAAAAUGCCAGGAGAAAAGACACCUGAAAUCAUCAUUGAUACUCUCCAAGCAUUUGGAGUAGCUAAAAAGGUCAAUGCAUAUGACUCUGUUCGUGUUGUUGAUGCUUUAUAUCACUCGAAAUAUUUUCUUGCCUCAGUUUCAAUUUUCCAUCGAGAUCUUAAAACACCUUUGUUGCUAACAUCCCAAGCCAAGGAUGGUGGCAACUCUGUCCAGCAAGACACUAAGAGUCUUGUUGCUGCUAAGUUAUUGGGCAGCUCAAGUGUUAGUGAUGUGCACAAAGUUACUAUUCUUAAUCUUCCUGAAGAGCACGCUUUACCUUCCAAUGAAGUUCCUACUAGCAAUGCAAAUGAAAUCUGCAUGUAUGGAGAAGUUGGUUUAUCACAAGGGGAUGAUGAGGGUAUGAUUUGUGAGCCCUUUUCAGGUGAGAGAUUGGUUCCUAUAUUGCCAUGGUUAAAUGCAGAUGGGACCAUCAACAGCAUGGUCUACAAUGGACUUAUACGACGUGUUCUUGGUACUGUGAUGCAAAAUCCUGGGAUAUUGGAGGAGGACAUUGUCUGCCAACUGGAUGUACUAAAUCCCCAGAGUUGUAGAAAGCUACUGGAAUUGAUGAUAUUGGAUAGACACCUGAUAGUGAAAAAGAUGCUUCAAAGAACAGGUAGUGGUCCUCCUGCCCUUCUGGCAACCCUUGUCGGGAGUAGCUGUAGAAAAUCAAAGAUGGUGUGCCGUGAACAUUUCUUUGCAAACCCUACGAGUACAUUUUUCCUUUAGCAAUGUCAGCAUUGGUUUGUGUAAAUAAACAUCAUAGAUCCUGGGCAGCAUAGGUUAGAAGCUGCAUUUUUUUUCUUCUGCUUGCUAUCCUAUUGAAGCAGAAGUGUAUCCUACUGAUGAUUUUAGGGGGUUAAAUGACUUUUUUAUUAUUAUAAUUUUCAGUUUUUUUUUAUAA